ACUUUCCAGAAGAUUGGACAUUGGAAUAGAUGUGGAGAAACUUCAACAGACUGGAUGGGGGUAGGGUAAUCGAAAUAGAGUUCCCUAAGAAGAGAGAUUGCCUGGGAAGGAGAUUCAGGUUUGUUAGGUUCUUGGAAGUUAAAGAUGCUGGUGAGCUGGAACGAACACUGAAUCAGAUUCAAAAUGCAAGAAUUAAACUUCAAGCCAAUAAGCCACGGUUUGAGAAAACAUGUUAUGAAAAUCAGCAACACAGGAACAUAGGAAAUAUGACGAGAGGGAUGGUUGUAGUUAAUGCAGAACGGCAACAGAAAUUGACUUAUGCAGAUGUAGUUAAAGGAAAGGCCGCAGAAAACAAGGAGUAUGGGGUGAGAAGGGGACAGUUCCACGGAGCAAGAAGACGAGAUCAAGCCACAAAUUCCAGAGCAAGUGAGCAAAGAAAAUGGAGAUGGAAGCCAAAAACACGACCCCAAGCAUGGAUAGGAAUGGAGUUCAAUGAGAAAUUCUAUAUGGAAGGAGUCUUCUUUUGCAAGAUCAGAGCAAUGGGAUGUAGGCUAGUACUGUUGGAAGGACAUGACUAUGAAGACUUAAAGGAGUUGGUCGAGAAUGGCCGAGACUGGUUAGGACAUUGGCUCGAGGAAAUCAAACCAUGGUCACCAACCAUGGUGGCAACAGAGAGGUUCACAUGGAUUAAGUGCUUGGGACUACCUCUACAUGCAUGGAAGCCGAAAUAUUUCCAAUCUUUUGGAAACCUUUGGGGCACUUUUGUCUCGGUGGAUGAUAGCACUAGCAAGAAAAACCCUCUUGACGUUGCUAGAUUCCUCAUAUCAACACCCAUAAUGGAACCCAUCUCAAAAUGCUUAUCCAUAAAGAUUAAUGGAGUCAUGUUUAGAGUUAAAUUCUCUGAGGAGUCCAGCAACGGGUUGUAUGUAAUGAGCUCAGAUUUUAAAAUCAAUGAAGGUUGUGAGAAGGGCGAGGAAUAUUCAAUGAAGGGUUCUGAGGAUACAGAUCUUAGCAUGCUUGGAUUGGAAGCCGAACAAAAUAGGGGAGAUGAAGAAGAAGAUGAUAUGGCGAUCCGACUAGAAAUGCAGGAGAUAAAUGUGCAAAAUGAGGUGAGACACACGGAUGUGGUGGCAUCAUUAGCGGGUGACACAUCAGCUAUUGUGAUGGUGGGUCAACUAAAUGGACAAGAAAAAAGUAGGUUAGGUACUGAUGAAGCAACAGAAGAAGAAGACUCUAUGACAGGGCGAACAAUCGAAAAACAUGAGGAGGCAGAGGAGAACACAUCGGGUGGUUUGGAAGGGCUUACAAGGGACUUGCCGGAAUGGGCGACAGUGCUCGAAGGAAAGAAGAACAAGAAGAAGAAACGGAGAGUGAAGCCAUGCCAGUCGGUGUACUUGCAAACUGGUGGCCUUGGAGGUUUUCUAAUGCAGAAGAAAAAGAAGGGGAAUCGGUCAAUGAUGGAAAAAAUGACGCAACAGGUCAUAUUUGAGGCAGAUCCAACAGAUUCAAUGGCAGAUGACUCAAUAAAUGACUGCAAUAUCCAAAAUUGCAACAAGGGGAUUGGAGUGAAGAGCAAAAUCAAAUACUCAAAAGCAUUAUGGUGCUGUAUCAAGGAACUGGGGGUUUCUAUGAAAGGGGACGAGUUGUUGAUAAUCCGAAAGCUUGAAGAGAUGGAGCAGCGAGACAAGGAAAGAAGAAAGAAAGACACAGCAACAACACCCACUGGAAAUCAAGUGUUUCCUAAUCCCCCAUGAUUUUGCUAUCUUUAAACAUUAGGGGGUUGGGGGGUUGCAAGAAAAAGAGAGAGGUCCAUGAGUUAGUGACCAAACAUAGAGUGGAGGUUUUAUUCCUACAAGAAACAAAAGUAGAAUCUGUCGAUAAAAGAUAUUGUAGAAG